UGGACACCACGAAGAAGAAGAAGAAAAAUCGGAAAUUACGUGUGCUCCCUUUUCCUGGCGAAGCUAGAUAAACAAACAAAAGCGAGACAUUAUAUUAUAUUUAUUAAACAGUCUACGCCAGUUAUUCGUGCCUCUGUGUUUACAUGUGACUAUGGUGAUUGAUUGGUCAAAGUGAAUCCCCCACCAAAGCUCAAACGAAGAAGGACUAAGCUGACAUGCUAUGUAGCUAACAGAGGUUAGCUCGACAUGUUUAUUCUGGUGCGGGGGUUAGGGAGCAUGAAACUGGCGCAGGGAUAACGAGAAACUGCUUUUUUUAAUCUACAGGUUGUGGGGAUUUCAGGUAAAACUUGAGCUUUUUUACCGACACUACACUCCGAAAUAUCUCCUCCAAAUCGUCACCAUGGCGUGGGCUCUCAAGUUGCCUCUCACUGAUGAAGUGAUUGAGUCCGGACUGGUGCAGGACUUUGAUGCCAGUUUGUCAGGGAUUGGACAGGAGCUCGGUGCGGGGGCAUACAGCAUGAGCGACGUUCUCGCCCUCCCCAUCUUCAAGCAGGAGGAGUCCAACCUGCCUCCAGACUCUGACAACAAGAUCCUUCCCUUCCAGUAUGUUCUGUGUGCAGCUACCUCGCCAGCUGUUAAACUGCAUGAUGAAACACUCACCUACCUCAACCAAGGACAGUCCUAUGAAAUAAGAAUGCUUGACAAUCGGAAAAUUGGGGAACUUCCAGAAAUCACUGAUAAAAUGGUGAAGAGCAUAAUUCGUGUGGUGUUUCACGACCGACGGCUUCAGUACACAGAGCACCAGCAGCUGGAAGGCUGGCGCUGGAACCGGCCUGGGGAUCGCAUCCUAGACCUGGAUAUCCCCAUGUCCGUCGGCAUAAUCGACCCCAGGGCUAACCCUACUCAGCUUAACACUGUGGAGUUCCUUUGGGACCCGUCAAAAAGAACCUCAGUUUUUAUCCAGGUACACUGCAUCAGCACAGAAUUCACCAUGCGUAAGCACGGUGGCGAAAAGGGCGUGCCGUUCCGCGUCCAGAUCGACACGUUUAAAGAGAACGAGAAUGAAGAAUACACAGAACACCUCCACUCUGCCUCCUGCCAGGUCAAAGUGUUCAAGCCCAAAGGUGCGGACAGAAAACAGAAGACGGACAGGGAGAAGAUGGAGAAGAGGGCGCCACAGGAAAAAGAAAAGUACCAGCCCUCCUAUGAAACCACAAUACUGACAGAGUGCUGCCCCUGGCCUGAGGUCACAUACGUCACCAACUCUCCGUCUCCGGGCUUCAGCAGCACACACAACAGUUUCCCAGUUGCAGAAGGAAAUGGAUCGCCAAACCACCAGCCUGAGCCUGUCGUUCAGGUGGCAGAUGUUAGUGUGUUUCAGUCAAAUUUGUUACCCACAGCGAAUCCACAGGAUGCACAACAGUGGCUCCUAAGAAACCGCUUCUCCCCCUUCUGUCGACUCUUCACCAACUUUUCAGGGGCUGAUCUUUUGAAACUGACCAGAGAGGAUGUGAUUCAGAUCUGUGGUCCAGCUGAUGGUAUUAGACUUUUUAAUGCACUGAAGGGACGGGUGGUACGCCCGAGGCUGACCAUCUACGUCUGCCAAGAGUCUCAGCAGACUCGAGAACAGCAAACCAAACACGAAAACGGAGAUGCUGCCGCCAACACUUUCUUUGUAUAUCAUGCCAUUUACCUUGAGGAGCUCACAUCUGCUGAGCUGACAGAGAAGAUCGCUCAGCUUUUUAACAUCUCACCACUGCAGAUAAAUCAGAUCUUUAAACAGGGACCCACAGGAAUCCAUGUACUGGUUAGUGAUGAGAUGAUUCAGAACUUCCAGGAUGAAGUGUGUUUCGUUUUGGACACAAUGAAAGAUAACACAAAUGACGGCUACCACAUCAUCCUGAAAUGAACUGUGCAGGAGUAAAGCGUUGCUCUCUUCUCUAGACCCGAUCCAGCAAGCCCCUCGCGAGCGUCAUGCUCCUCGCUGUUCCUUGAAGAUGUGGAGAUGUCCUCAAUAAUCCUCCUGAUGCUUCGAGGAGGACAAUGCAACUGAAGCACACAGCCCCCCCCCCCCCCCCUCCUCAGUAAAUCUUACUGUCUAACUUUUUAGGGAGUGACCGUUACCCCCGUGAAGUAGCGUUCUCCUUCUUGGCCUGCCUCUGUCUCCCUUUAAUGGUUUCAUUGUUUGUCGCUUAUGUCUCCUGAAAGAGGUUAGUGGGCCCGCAGCUGCUUUGUUUCUUUAUUUGUUAGCUGAGCAUCUGGUGUGCCAGGACUCUGUGCCUCUGAAACAGUUCGUUGUCUUUUUAACAAGCAACAGCCAAAAAAAAAAGGAAGAAACAAAA